AUGGACUCACAAUCAACGAUGGCGGCCCCGGCCAAAGAUGCCGCCUCUUUCCUCGACCUUGCCAUCGCUCUCGUCCUGAACAACUGGCCCGCCCUCACAUUAGCCGUGCAAUCAAACUGGGGCGGCCCUACCUCUGGCGACAAGCGCGACUGGCUCUGCGGCGCCAUCUCAGACAUGCUUAACGAGCGGCCCGAGACCGAUGCCGAGGAUCUCGAGGACGUCCUGAUCCAGGUCAUGAAUGACGAAUUCGAAGUCAUGAUUGAUGACGAGAGUGCCGGCAACGUGGCUGCCGAGAUUAUGGAGUUCAAGGCACAGACGACUCGGGGAGAGUUCGGCGCUAUUCAAGAGCUGUGGGAGACGUGGCAGAAGAAGAGCCAGCAGAAGUCUUCGGCUGCCAGCAUGUUCAAGAAGGUUGAUGCGCGGGACGAGGAUCAGGAGACUGAUGAGGAGGAGGAUGACUCUGAGGAUGAGGAUGUUGAGAUGGGAGAGGCGCCUUCUUUGGUUCGGGCACCGAGGGAGAAGGUUGAGCCUGAGAUUGACGAGGACGGGUUCACUAUGGUCAAGAAGAAGCGGUAA